GAGUUUUGAUUGGUGAUCGGAUGGUGGUGGUCCCGCCCAGUCCCCCCUCACUCUGCUUUAGCACGCUCAGUUGGCUGUGUGCUGCUGCUCUCUAUUUGACUAGUCUCUCCAACCGGAUCAUUGCUGGAGCACAUUUGGACCUCAGCAGAUUGGUGGAGUAACAUCCUGGGCCUGUACUACACCCACUCUUCAGCUUAACAGUCCUUGACUGUCGCAGACCCUCAGAUUCCUGAUCUGUCAGUCCCCAUAGAGUUACAAACUAUGGAGAGAACGGAGUUUAUUCAGAAAGCCAAGCUGGCGGAGCAGGCCGAGCGCUAUGACGACAUGGCAGAAUGCAUGAAGGAGGUUACUGAGAAGGGCCAAGAAUUGUCAAACGAGGAGAGGAACCUGCUGUCUGUUGCCUACAAGAAUGUGGUCGGGGCAAGGCGGUCCGCUUGGAGGGUGAUGUCCAGCAUUGCACUGAAGGCCGAGGGGUGUGAAAAGAAACAGCAGAUGGUCAAAGAUUAUCGGGAGAAGGUGGAGCAGGAGCUGAAGGACAUCUGCAACUGUGUUUUGGGCCUACUGGAUAAUUAUUUAAUUAAGAAAUCCUCGGAGACGGAGAACUCGGAGAGCCAAGUCUUCUAUCUAAAGAUGAAGGGGGACUACUAUAGAUACCUGGCUGAAGUGGCCAGUGGAACAGACAAGUCGAAGAUCAUUGAAAGCUCACAGGGAGCAUACCAGAAUGCCUUUGAGAUCAGCACAGACAAGAUGGUCCCCACGCAUCCCAUCCGCCUGGGCCUGGCCCUCAACUUCUCCGUCUUCUACUACGAGAUCCUCAACUCCCCAGAGAAAGCCUGUGAACUGGCCAAAAAGGCUUUCGAUGAUGCCAUCGCAGAGCUCGACCAGCUAAACGAGGAGUCCUACAAAGACAGCACUCUCAUCAUGCAGCUCCUCAGAGACAACCUGACAUUAUGGACAUCGGACAACGCUGCCGACGACUGCGAUACUGGAGAAGGAGAGACCGGCGAGAAUGAAAACUAAACGCACAAGCCCUCACCGGUGGGAUUAUCUCCAAAACAAACAAAAAUAUGAAAAAUGGAAAGAAAAAAAAAAAACUUUUUACACAUUCUUCAUUCCUCAAUGCUCCACUUAAACAUUCUGCCAAUGAAAUCAUUGCUGAAAAUGGUCAUGUAAGGAAUUAAAUGAAAAAAAAAUUAAAUACAAAUUAAAAAAAAAAAAGAAAACAAAAAAGAACAUUUUGUCACAUUAAGGAUUUGGACAACACCUGGUGGGGAAAAAAAUAAAGAAACCCUCCAUUCCUCUGGUUUGUGUUUGUCCCGGCCUUCCCAUUUGUGCAGUUUCAACUAUAGUAAAGUGAUUGAUAGCUUGACAUGAUCUCCGAUCCCUCGCUCAGUUUUAGAAGCAAAAGCCAAAAUCCCAUCAACUGACACAGUGUGGAUUUAUUCCCAGGUGAAACACGGUGAGACAUUAAAACCAGCCCCACUUUUCUUCUUCUAGCGUGUCGGUCUGGACAGUCGUGUGGUACGGUGAGCAGUAAGCUGAGGUUUAACAUCGAACACGUUUAAUUUCCGUACUGCAGGGAGAGCCAGCGCGCCUCACAUGCUGGAAACAGAUGGUCCAACACAGCCGGGUAGUGCCGACGGUUAACUCCCCACUUUACCACCCCAUCACUGAAGCAUGCCUGUUUGGGAAGGGGCUGGCCAGUUGUGCCUGACCGAAAAAAAAACAAAAC